GGUGCUAACGUCGGGUUCUCCCCUGCCCCGCCAGUGCCGCAGCUGCUGUACGGGGGGAAGCUGGAUUUCCUCGUCUUCGAUUAUCUCUCGGAAAUCACCAUGUCGCUGCUGACGGCCGCCAAAGCACGGUCUCCCGUUUUAGGUUACACUCCAGAUUUCGUCUCCACUGCCAUGGCUCCCUAUAUAAAAGAUAUUCACAGGAAAGGUGUUCGUGUCAUCAGCAAUGCUGGUGGAAUUAAUCCGCUUGCUUGUGCAGCUGCCCUUCAGGAGGUGGCAAAGAAAGCAGAUGUUGAUUUGAAAAUAGCUGUUGUUGCUGGGGAUGACCUAAUGAGUGAGAAAGAGAACUUGAAAGGAGCUGGUAUCACUGAUUUAGAGAGCGGCAAGCCAUUUCCAGAGAGUGUUCAUAGCAUGAAUGUGUAUCUUGGGGCAAGACCAAUAAGCAGGGCUCUUGACCUUGGAGCUGAUAUUGUUGUGACGGGGAGAUGUGUUGACAGUGGCAUUGUAUUAGGACCACUUAUUCAUUCUUUUGGCUGGAAUAGAGAUGAAUUUGACUUGCUAGCUGCAGGAAGCCUUGCAGGUCAUCUCAUUGAAUGUGGUGCUCAAUGCACAGGUGGAAUAUUCACGGAUUGGCAUGCCGUGCCAGACUGGCACAACAUAGGCUUUCCCAUUGUAGAAUGUUCCUCUGAAGGAGAAUUUAUUCUUUCUAAACCACCAGACACAGGGGGACUAAUCUCUUUUGGCACUGUAGCUGAACAGUUGGUGUAUGAAUUGGGCAAUCCUCAGCGCUAUCUUUUACCAGAUGUCACAUGUGACUUUUCGGAAGUUUCCAUCACUGAAAUUCCAGGUUUUGAUGGUGGAAAUUGCUUGAUUGGUAGUAGUCAGAUAUAUUUGUUUAGUGUAAAGUAUUCAUAG